AGAGCGGGAAGACGCGGUGGCGAUGGCGGCGCGGCUGGAGCGCGCCGGGGGGGCGCUGGCAGCGCUUGAGGCCGCCCUGGCCUUGGAGGAGGAGGAGAGUGAUGUCGCCACCCUGGUCCUGGUGGAGCAUCAAAUGGAUACCCGUCGGAAGCAGAAGCUGCUCCUGUCCCAGCUCCGGGUGCUGAAGCUGCUCCUGGGGGUCAUCGAGAACCCGGGGCUGCCCCUGGCCCCCACCAACCUGCGUGAGGCGGCGGCGCAGGCGCGGCAGCGCUGGCGGGAGCUGAAGGUGAAGUACGGGGAGACCCUGGGGGUCCUGGGGGAGGCCGUGCCCCCCGCCCUGGCCCAGCUGCACCGGGGCCAGCAGCUGCUGCAGCGCGGGAGGACGGCCCUGGGGACACGGCUGCAACAGCAAGAAGAGCUGAAGGUGAAGGUGCGCAAGGCCACAGAGAGACGAGACCAGCUGCUCCAGCGGGUUCAGGAGCGGCGCCUGCAGCGGCUCCACCGACAGGAGGUGCUGCAGGGACUACGGGAGACAGCGGCCAGGGUGGAGGCCUCGUGCCAGCUGUACCAGGCCCUGGCGGGGGUCCAGGUGCUGCCCCCCUCCCCAGGGACCCCUGAGCUGGAGCUGGAGCUGGGACCCCCUCCUGGCUCCUCCUAUUCCCUGCCCCCCCUUCACCUGUGCCUCACCCCUAGUGGGGGGGUCCGACUGCAGAAUCCCCCCCUGGGGCUGCCCCCUCCCCUGGGCCCGGGGCUGCUGGAGCUGCAGCAGCGCUGCUGGGAGGGCUGGAACCUCUGGGCAGAGGUGACACACCUGAGGAACAGGUUUGCCCUGGACUGGCAGCCAGAGCUGGGACUCCUGCAGGUCCUGGGGGGUCCCCGAGGUGCCCAAAUCCUCUGGACACUGGAGCUGGAGCCGGGGUACCCCCAGAGUGGGGGGGUGCGACUGCUGCCACCCCCCAAGGGGGCCCCCCCAAUCCCUGCACCCCCAGACCCCCCCACUCUAACACGGUGGCUGGAGCUGCUGGUGGAGGGGUCCCUGAGGGAUGGGGGAUCCCCCUCUAUCCCCCCCCCAUAAAAAAAACCCCACUGCCCCC